UCAACCCGAAUUAAUUGUUCUCACUAUCACAUACACCUACCAUGGUUACCAAAAAUAAUCAGUUCCAUCAUAUCUCAAUGCCAUUGCUUUUCUGUUUGGCAUUCUUGGCUUUUCAAGUCACAUCUCGCACUCUCCAACUCCAAGAUGCGUCCAUGCACGAGAGGCAUGAGCAAUGGAUGGCUCGUUAUGGCAAAGUGUAUAAGAACUCUCAGGAAAAGGAAAAGCGUUUCAGGAUAUUCAAAGACAAUGUGAAUUACAUUGAAACUUUCAACAAUGCUGCUAAUAAACCUUACAAGCUAGGCGUUAAUCAAUUUGCAGACCUCACCAAUGAGGAGUUUAGAGCACCAAGAAAUGGAUUCAAGAGCCAUAUGAGUUCAUCAAUCACAAGGACAACCCCUUUUAAGUAUGAAAAUGUGAGUGCAGUACCAACCACUGUGGAUUGGAGGCAGAAAGGAGCAGUAACACCCAUCAAAGACCAAGGCUCAUGUGGAUGUUGCUGGGCUUUUUCUGCUGUUGCAGCAACAGAAGGAAUUCAUGGGAUAAGCACUGGAAAAUUGAUCUCUUUGUCAGAACAAGAACUUGUUGAUUGUGACACAAAGGGUAUGGACCAUGGCUGUGAGGGUGGUUAUAUGGAUGAUGCUUUCGAAUUCAUCAUCCAAAAUCAUGGACUUAACACUGAAGCCAGUUACCCCUAUAAGGGUGUUGAUGGAAAAUGCAAUGCAAAGGAAGAAGCUAUCCAUGCUGCCACUAUUACUGGGUAUGAAGAUGUUCCUACUAACAAUGAGAAGGCACUACAAAAAGCUGUGGCCAAUCAACCAGUUUCUGUAGCCAUUGAUGCCAGUGGCUCUGGCUUUCAGUUUUACAAGAGUGGUGUUUUCACAGGUUCAUGUGGAACUGAGUUGGAUCAUGGUGUCACUGCUGUAGGUUAUGGUGCCAGUGAAGAUGGGACAAAGUAUUGGUUGGUUAAGAACUCUUGGGGAACUGAGUGGGGUGAAGAAGGUUACAUUAGGAUGCAGAGGGAUGUGAAUUCUGACGAAGGACUCUGUGGCAUAGCUAUGCUAGCAUCUUAUCCCACUGUGUAAUUAUAAAAUUUGGACACCACAUGAAUUAUUCUACUAUCUGUUGUGUAGAUCAGUGUAACGUAAACUCACAUGAAUUAGAGUGUGUUAACUCACAUG